UGUUGGAACGUUUGUGUGCCAAGCCCCUUCCAAGUCAGGUGUAUAAAAGCACAUGCUCCCAGUAUGGCUUAAACAAUGACACUUGGAUAUUUUUCAAGCAAGACACACCAAGCAACUGAUUUCUAAGAAGACACUCAUUUUUGGCAGUUUUCCUUCAUCGACUCCUCCAGGACUUAAAGAAGAAGAAAAGAUGGCAUCUGCUGGGUUUCAGAUGUUGGGCAUAGCCCUGGGCAUCAUUGGCUGGAUCGGGGCCAUCGUGGUCUGUGCUCUUCCUCAAUGGAAGGUCACAGCCUUCAUCGGCGAGAACAUAAUCACAGCCCAAACCACUUGGCAAGGCAUCUGGAUGAACUGUGUGGUCCAGAGUACAGGUCAGAUGCAGUGUAAGGUAUACGACUCCAUGCUGGCACUACCCCAGGACCUCCAGGCCGCUCGUGCUCUCAUCAUCAUCUCUAUCAUGAUGGGCCUGGUGGGCAUCCUGCUCGCCGUGGCCGGGGGCAAGUGCACCAACUGCGUGGAGGAUGAGAGGGCCAAAUCCAAAAUAGGCGUGGGCUCGGGUGUAGUUUUCAUCAUCGCUGGCAUCCUGUGUCUCAUCCCCGUCUGCUGGUCGGCCAACACCAUCAUCAGGGACUUUUACAACCCCAUGCUGAUCAGCUCUCAGAAGAUGGAGCUGGGGGCUGCGCUCUACAUCGGAUGGGGGGCCGCGGCCCUCAUGAUCAUGGGAGGAGGGUUCCUCUGUGCCAACUGUCCCCCUAAAGAGGACAAUUACCCCACUAAGUACUCAGCUGCCAGGUCCACAGCACCCAGGGACUAUGUUUGAGUGGGAGAAACGCCCGAGAGAGAAAGAAGAGAAAGAAAAGCAAGAGAGAUUAUAAAAGACAGAACGAGACUCUGUAUAUUUAUACAGGUGCCGUGCAGUGUGAUCCUUACUGUCUCACAUUGUGAUUUUGUGAUUGUUCGAUCAUGUUUGUAUGAUAUCACAGCUUGUUUCCACUGCUAAAUGACAAAAUUCCAAUGUAUUUCAUUAAAGACAGACUUCCAGACAGUGGCACUUGUAUAAGUAAGAAAUGACAUGAUGGCAUGUAACGCACCCAGAAAAGGGUGUGGAUGGACAUUGUCAGCUAAUACUCCUUCUGACGUAUAUUCACAAUACGCAGAAUGAAUACGAACUAGCCAAAGCUAUUAUUUGAAAACAUGUAUAAAAUAUUUCAGAAUGAUCUGAAUGGGUUUCCCAUAACGCUUGCAUUGAAUGCAUACAUUUCAUUCAACAUUUUCACUAAAUAUAUUUUUUAAAUGUGUGUGAUUCAGAAAAUGUGAAUUUCAAUGGUGAUAAAACUGUAAAUAAAUAUUUUUGUUCAACUUCAAA